AACGAAUAUGUCUCGGAAUUUGUUCUCAGGCCAUCGAUUUAUUUAAUUUUCGUGGAUAUUUCUUUUGUUACGUUCCCAUUACUAAAUAUACUUUAAUUAUAAUUUUGAUAUUCGCAGUUUUUUGUUCUCGUAACAAUUAAUUUCUGGCGUUACGGUCGCUCGCUUAUGUAGGGCGCAAUUUCGAUUUAAUAUUUUCCGUUUUUCGGGCUACAUUUUUGUGUAAACAAAAAUUGAAAGGACUAUAUAGGCUGUGAGAUGUAAUAUUAUCAUCUUUACUGUUGUGCGUAACGUGGGCUUUCGUGUUUUUGGAUGGUAGUUACAAAUGCAGGGGAGUGGACGCCAUGUUGUUAUUUACUCGUUGAUUUGUAAUCGUCGCGAGUCGUGAUAUGGGUUUAUUGUUAUUUUGCAAAGCGUCGGUUAGUGUGUGAGCAUGUUGGAGGAUGUACCCGUCCACGGCAGCCGGAGUGACCCCAAAGGCUCGAAGGCUUCCGCGCACCAGAGAAAUCUCAGUUUGGAUUUUAGACAUGUGACGGGUGCUAGCGGGCCGCCGGCGGGAUGCGGCCACCAGCGGAACCGCUCGCUGGACUCCGUCCUCCAGCGGAUACCCGAGGACAUGACGCCGACGUCGCCCGAAGGCUGCGCCGGGCGGCUGCCCUGCGAGCCGGCGGCGCCGCGGCUCGCGCUGCCGCCCGAGGUGCCCGCCGGCUCCGACGACUCCGGCAUCCACACUCCCCCCGACGGGCCCGAGGACGACCGUCCCCCGCCACCCGCCGCCGCCCGCUCUCGCGAGAGCCUCGACUCCGGCAAUCCCGAAGACACCGACAAACCGCCCGAUCCGCCCGACACUAAUGAGACAAAUGAAACAAAAUCUGAACCGGACCGGACCACGGACGUGGACACAUCGAAAAACAAAGACUUCCUCCUCCGAUUGUUCGAAAGCAAACUCUUCGACAUGAGCAUGGCCAUUUCGUACCUCUUCAAUUCGAAAGACCCCGGCGUGCAGGCGUACCUGGCCAACAAACUUUUCUCGUUCCCGCACGAGGACGUAGACUUUUAUUUGCCACAAUUGGCGACCAUGUAUAUAGAAAUGGGUGACGUGGCCGACGUCCUGAGGCCAUAUUUAGUGUUUAGGUGUAAACAAAGUGCGGAGUUCUCUCUGAGGUUGGCCUGGUUGCUAACGGCAUUCGGAGGUGACGCGAAGAGGUCGAAAGCGAUGAAGUUUAGAGAUUCAAUAUUGGCGGAGGAGAUCAGGCCGGCGGCGCGGCGCGGGCACCACCGAUCGCAGUCGGACGCGUCGGCGCUGCGGCUGGCGACGCCGUCGGGCCGCCACCUCGGAGACCUGGCCUCUGGCCGCGCCUUCGACAGCGGCUGCUUGUGCGGCGAGCAGUGCUCCUGUGGAGCGCCGCGAUUAGCACCACAAACACAGUUUCUGAACGCGCUCACGAGCAUCGGCCGGCGGCUGGCCGGCGUGCAAGACAAGGAGAGGAGGAACGGGCGGCUGCGGGCCGAGCUGGCCUCGCUGGACCUCAACCUGCCCGCCAGGGUGUGGCUGCCGCUGCACCAGCGCCCGCACCACGUGCUUAGGAUACCCUCGCAGGCUGCGGCCGUGCUAAACAGCAAGGACAAGGCUCCCUACAUAAUGUACGUGGAAGUCCUAGAAACAGAAGGCCACGAGCCGCUGCCUCCGCGCCUCCUGCCCCCUGCGCCGCCCGCUCCUCACUCUCCCCCCAUCCGGCACACCAAGAGCGAAGAGAACCUCGUGCCGGAGUGGCCAGCGUUGUCCCUGUACUCGGGUUUGGAUGAUGGCGACGCUGGUGACUGUUGGAGUCAUGAUGAUGAGGACUUGAGCCAGUUCCCGGCGAGAGCGCCGCAGCCCGACAGUGUUUCUCAGGUGUCAGCAGUAUCAGCACUGUCGGCGUCGUCAGCCGGGUCGCGGGAGUCGCUGGCGGUGGGCGCGGGCGAGGUGCGGCGGCGGCUGGCGGACGCCACGGCCGCGCCGCCGCCCAACACCUUCCGCCACGACCCCGCCGACCCCUCCGCGCUCGCGCUCAAGGAAUCCUGGGAGAGCAAACUCGCUCGCAUGCGCUCCUCAUCCCCAUACGGCUCACUAGCCGGCUGGCGGCUACUCGGCUGCAUCGUGAAAGUCGGCGACGACCUUCGACAAGAGAUGCUUGCAGCCCAACUACUGAGAAGACUACAGGCUGUAUGGGACUUGGAGAGGGUACCACUAAAGCUACACCCCUAUGAGAUCCUGUGCUUGGAUAAGGAGUCAGGUCUCAUCCAACCGGUACUUAACUCGGUAUCACUACACCAAAUCAAGAAGCAGUCGGGCAAAUCUCUUCGCGCGUGGUUGGAGCUGGAACACGGGCCUCCCACUAGUGAAGGCUUUAUGCGAGCGCAGAACAACUUCGUGCAAUCAGCAGCUGCUUACGCGUUAACCAGCUACCUGCUGCAGCUGAAAGACAGACAUAAUGGAAACAUUUUACUGGACAGUGCUGGACACAUUAUCCACAUCGACUUUGGAUUCAUUUUCUCCAUCUCACCCAAGAACCUGGGAUUUGAAAGUUCACCUUUUAAGUUGACGCAAGAAUUCGUGGAAGUAAUGGACGGAGAAAACUCGGAUAUGUUCGGGUACUUUAAGAUCCUGAUGCUGCGCGGUCUCAUCGCGGCGCGGAAACACUGCGACCAGAUCAUUCACAUCGUAGAACUCAUGCGGAUGUUCGUGUAUCGUCAGGCGGUCAGCUGGCGUGCCUGCGCAGCAGCAGCGCCGUGUCGGGGUUGCGCGCGCGCUUCCACGCCGGCCGCACCGAGCCGCAGCUGCAGGCGCUCGUGGACCGCCUCGUGCGCGACGCGCUGCACUCGCUGUCCACGCGCCUCUACGACAACUACCAGUACUACACCAACGGGAUACUAUAAUACGACAACCUCGCACCGCGCUUACAUAUAAUACAGCUAGGUAAACUAUUCCCAAAUUGACAGCUUGUUAUACGAGUGAUAAAAGGUCACAUCACACGGGUGCACCGAUUCUAUAGCUUGGCAAAAAGAGGAGAAAUAAAACUAUUUUACAACACGACACUUACUCUUUUAUACAAGUGUCAUAUAGUUGCAUGUAAAGCGGUUUACAUAAACGGUGGCGCUCCUAUUAUUUUCUUCUCUUUUUGCCUGGCUGUAAUACUUCCUAUACAGCUCAUAAAAUGCCAGUGAAAUAAUACUUCGGUGAAGCACUGGCCAGAGACAGAUAAACGAACAAAAUAGCUUGCAGUUAUGCCUAAUGUAACCAUGUCGAAUAAGUCCACGUAAAGUAUUCGCCGUCGUGCGAAUUUCUGACGUGUAGACAAAAUCUUGCCGUGAAAAUAGCAGAAUCCUGAGUAAAACUUGUAAAUUGACGGUAGUAUCUUAAUAACGGCAUUGACAAUAAAAGAUACAAUUUGAAAGGUAAUCGAUAAAUAAAUUUUCCGUUUUAAAAUGUAUAAUUCCGUGUAACACUAGCGUUAUUUUUUGUAAACUACGACACAUAUUUUUACAAACUUGAAGUAGAGUUACUAUGACAUAGUUAAGUAUUGGAGUAAAAAAACUGUAUUUAACAUUGAGGUACUUGCUUUUAUGUUUGAGCUCGCUUAAAAUCCUUUCAAAUUGUAAUACAGCUAUACUCAAUAUACCUAUAUUUGAAUUCUGACAAGUAUCUGAGUGAUUUAGAUAGAAUAUUUGAAUGCGAAAUUGACACCAGAUUCCAUUCCAUCGAAAAUCAUAAUAUUACUAACAUAGUUUUAAACAAAAGGUUUAGAUUUUUCUAACGUUUUUCAAGAUACCUUCAGUCUAAUAAGUCAAUAUAAUUAUCCGACUUACCAAAAUAGAUUAAUGACAGCAGAGUUUAAUCCAUGUUUUAGAGUAUUUAGAUUAUCUCUAUCCCAUUUUUUUUAUUAGUAAAAGACAGAAUAUUCCGAUGUAGGAAAUAUUAUUAAGUUACAUCUCCGCAUUUUUCGUCAAUUCCAGAGGUUUACUUAGAUAACCAUUCUGCCGAGAAGUGCAGUGCUCAGUCAUAUAUGCAAGGCAAGCAAUUCAUAGAUAAUACGUAU